AUGAAGUAUUUUACGCUAUUGAAAGGAACUAUGAGAGUGAAGUACAUGACAGCAAUGACAAAAGGAACUAAUAUCAAACCUAAUGAAAUCGCUCACGAGGACAUAGAGCUUAACAAGUACUUUGUGGAGUAUCUUAUAAGUGAAGAGUAUGUAAGACCUUACUUCAUGUUUGACAGCAUGAAUGAGGAUGUUAUUUCAUGGUUAAAGAAUAUAAGCAAUGUUUUCGGUAAGUACGUCAUAGAUGACAAAGGUCUUGUUGUAUUUUAUGAGACAGCAAUACGAACACAGGAACUAAUGGAUAUUAUGCAUCAACAGCAAAGAAAGGAUUUAGUACUAUUGGCAUGA